UUCUUGCAUAUCCGGGUAAGGCGGCCAUUUUGUGGUGUCGUUGUGGCAUUAAAAUAUUCCUCUCCCAAUUUCGUCUAUUUUACAUGGGAGUAUUACUUUUUGUUUUGAUUGAUAGAUAUUCAAGUUUGGUUGAUUUGAUGAAACUUUUUAAAUUAUUUUAAAAUGGAGCAAGAUGUUGACACUGGUUAUAGAACUUUUUGCUGUACCUGCUUAAGUUCUGAUAGAAAUGUUAUUUCCAUAAAUGGACUUACGCAAAUCUAUCAAGUUUUCAGAUUAAUAAUGUAUGAUUACGCGGGUGACCGGUACGGUGAUUCAAUAAUAGAAUUGGACCAGCUUGUCUGUUGGGAGUGUCUCGCCAUCAUGAAGAAGAUAGCACGGUUUAAAAGACAAGUUCACAAUGCUCAAGAGCAUUUACGAGUCCUGGCUAUGAGCCACUCUCAAGAGACAAUGGACCACACAUACAUGUCACAAUCAUUAUCAUCUCUCGAAUGUCGUAUAAAGACUGAUUACGACAGAGUAUUUGUCAAUUAUACGAAUGACGUACAAGAAAAUAUAAUAGAUGAUAAGGAAAUACGUUCCGAUUGGCCACAGCACUACAUAGCGAUCAGCACCGCACAAAAUGUCAAGAAUGAAAGUUAUGACGUUGCGCAGGCUCUACGAGAUCAUAUAACAUUGGGUAUAGACAAUCAAGUUAUGGGAGUCCCAGAAAUAGUAUUAGAAAACCCUGUAACGGGUGUGAUGUCUCAUAUAGUGGUCGGUACAGAUGGUUUGGUCACGAGUGAUACGUUCACGGCUCAAGCCGUUAAGGGUGAAUUACCGGAGCUUAUCAUAGACCCGACCACAACAGCGGACACAGUCAUAAUAAGUCAGAAACCGAAAACGUCUAAAUUGAACGCACACAAGGAUCUGAAGUCGGGUUACAUAACCGAGUAUAUGUCGGAGGCAGACAUGCUAGCUAUAAGAGAAGAAUUAAAGCAGAAGGUUCAAUACACAAGCACAGCAUACAAGUGUGAACUCUGUAUCAUAGGAUUUUACACGCAGCAACAGGUGGAGGAUCAUUUCAUAGCAAUGCACAGAGAGAAACCGGGGCACGCAACGUGCAAAGUGUGCUACGUGUACGUACAAGAAUCUAAAUUGGACGAACAUACGCACAGCCACUAUUUAAGAUACGUGUGCAAGCUGUGCAACAAGACGGAGACUAGUGUUAAACUCAUAACGCUACACGUCCGAGCGCACAUGGUUAAACCGACGCCGAAUGCUGUCAUACAGAUUGGUGACGACUUCGAAGGAAAGGUACGUAAGAAAAAGAAGGAUCCCGAAAAGAUAAAGGAUGAAGGCAAAGCGCCCCCCACUCCGGGAGAUCUCAGGAAGCUCCUGUCGAAGACCACCAUCGUUGGUUACAAGUGCUUGGAGUGUGAUAUGUUUUUUAAAAAUUCCCGGGCUCGAAAGAACCACGUGGCUCGUUUCCACAGAGAGGGGUUGCAGUGUGACCAUUGUAAGAAGCGAUUCGUCAACAGAACGACCCUCACGACGCACUUGAGGUUACACGAGGGUCCGCUGCCCAGAGAGGAAUGUCCGAUCUGCCACAAGAUGGUCCGGACGAUACAGAUCAAGUAUCACAUACAGAGGCAUCAGAACACGAGCCGCUACGAAUGCAAGGACUGCAGUAAAGUUUUCAGCCAUCUAGCGACAUACCAGGCUCACUUGAAGUACUCGAGGCCCCAUGCGUCCGAUCAGAUAUUUAAAUUUCCGUGUCCUAUGUGCAAUAAGGGCUACCCGACGAAACAGGCGAUGCAAGAUCACUUCAACUAUCAACAUCUGGGCAAAACGUCACACAAGUGUCCCGUAUGUGAUAAGCCGAUAGCGUCCCACAAGAACGUCGAAAGGCAUAUGAUGAGGGUCCACGGCGAGAAGAAGGUGAAGCCGAGGAACCACGUCUGUCAGCAGUGUGGGAAGGGUUUCACUGACAGAAAAGCUCUGACGCAACACGAGGUCAUCCACUCCGGCGACCGUCCCCUUUCCUGCGACAUUUGCCAACAGACCUUCAAGCAGAAAGCCUCUCUAUAUACGCACAGGAAACGCGUGCACAAAGUGUUCCCAGCUAAACGAGUCGUCGAGUUUAUGGACAAUAAAGGCGACGUGUAGACAAUUUUAUAUAUUUUUUUUGUAAUAAAAUUGUCUUUGGAUGUG